AUGAGAAUGGUCCCCUCGUAUGAGGUCACGGGCAAAGCGUGCAACCCCAGCCAACUCGCAGAGUUUCGUGACGCGCUGGCGGACGAACUCGACUCCAUAAUUAGCAGCCAAUUCAAGGAAUUGCGCAGCGACUUGCUGGAGACCUCCAUCCUUUACGUCAAUCGACAGAUCUUCUACGAAGCCACCGAAAUCCUGUAUCGUGACAACCUCUUUGUCUUCCAAGAUCCGCUUCAAGGCGUCUCGCACUUUCUUGGCCGCUUGCCAGACUAUGCCACGACAAAUCUCCGACACCUUGCCUUCCUAUCCGAAUCUCGCAUCUUCGACAUGUAUGGCACAGGCCGGCACUGGUACGAAGUUACCGACAUCAUUGAAAGAAAGCUCCAGCUCCAAUCUGUGGAUAUUACCGCCCCAAUCACCCUUUCCAUGUCCCUCGCUAUGUGUAGCGAUUAUCCUCACUUUCAGGGCUUCAAGGCGCAAUGGCAUUGGUCCUACAUCCGACAGCUAGCGACCCUACUAGCAAACGGCAGCAUCCACACUCUGAGGAUUGUCUAUCCGCCCAUCGUGGUACCACUACUCGACAAGCAGUCCACUGAGCCAAUCCCGGAUGAAUCGGUGAGGCACAUGGUGGCGAAACUCGUCAGCAUCACGAUCAUGUUCCGCAAGAAGUUCAAAAAUCUGCAUGUCAUCAGAAUGCUCAUGAUGCCGCGGGCCGAGGGUGACGAGGAGAUGGAAUCGCGGAUCAGGGCAAGCCUGGAUAAGCCCGAUGAGGCUCAGGCAUUGUGCGCAAAAUUCGGGACGGCACUGGAAGCGCGUGUGCCACAUGACUUUGUGGUUACGCGGGAAAUCCAUAAAUUUUCUGCCGGUCCCGCGAAGAGGGGAUGCAAGCCAGUCCUCGUGCUGCGUCGCAGAGGUGGGGCCAUUGGGAACAGCAAGAUCGGCUUGCACAUGGAGUGA